AUGGUCAAAUCAAGCACCAUCUUUCUGGGUCUGCGCAUUUUCGCCGUUUUAAUAUCCAUCACGGGUGCCGUUGGCUUGGGAUGGGCAACUGGGAUCCUAUAUUCUCCUGAUACGGGCCCGCUCUCUGAGGCGAUUGGAAUAUCUUCUCUCUCCAUCUCAGCAUUAUGGACUCUAAUUGCACUGAGCCUGACCCUCCUUAUCGGAAAUGGCCACAUCCAUCCCGCCGCCAUCAUCACCCUCGAUUUAAUCCUGGGUUUGUACGCCGUGGCGGGUGGGAUUGUCGUGGCCAUCUCGCCGUUCGCCGACGCGAGUUGGAUCGAUUGCGGAGAGGGCCGGCGGACUUCUAUCUGCAAGGACUCAGCGGAAACCAGUGCUGUGGUCUGGCGGUUCGUUGCGGCUGCGUUUUGCUUUAUGAAUGGGUGAGUUAUCAUACGGGAUCCCAAUCGCAAUCGCAAUCAACGCUUCCUUCCCCCGCUGAGAGGAACGAACAUGGAAGAGACAUUCUUGUGGAAAGCAGUCCUGUGUUGAGAUAGUAGCUAACAUAACCGAACCGACCCCCCUUCUCUCGGGGACUCCUUUUGGUUGGGAAAUAAUAAAGAAUCAUUCACGUUAUAUUCCUCA